AUGUCUUUUUUUAAAAAGCUGUUUUUCUUGCUUGUCGCAGUCAAUGCAGCAUUUCUCGGUUAUGAUUACUAUCAAGGAGGCAACAUUGCUUUCAACUUGGUAGAAAACGCCAAACAACUCAACGGCGAUAAACUCCAUGGUUAUUUAGCCGACAUCAAAUCCACUACACCAGAGAAAUUAGCUGGCCAUGUUAACAACGCGUUUGCUCAAUUGAAAAACAUCAACUCUGCCAGUGACAUUCUGGCCAUCAUUCGUGAAAAGACAGCUCCCGUCACUGGUGCUGGCGCUGGCUCUAUUGAAUGGGAUGGCAAUGUCGUUGUCUUGACUGAUGCCAACUUUAAGAAUGUCAUUGAUGGCUCCAAGCCUGCCCUUGUUGAAUUCUAUGCACCUUGGUGUGGUCAUUGCAAAAACUUGGCUCCCGUCUAUGCUCAGUUAGGUGAUGCCUUCUCUUCCAGCAAGGAUAAGGUUUUGGUUGCAAAGAUUGAUGCUGAUCAACAUCGCGAUACUGGUGCUUUGUUUGGUGUCCAAGGUUUCCCUACUCUUAAAUGGUUCCCUAAGGGUGUUCAUUCACCUGAAGGUGUUGAGGAUUAUAAGGGAGGCCGUGAUUUGAACUCUUUGGCUGCCUUCAUCAAGGAAAAGUCUGGUGUUGCUCCUCGUAUCAAGUCCCAAAAGUCAGAUGUUGUCACUUUAACCACGAAAAACUUUCACCAAGUCGCUUUGAACCCCAAGAAGAAUGUUCUCGUUGAAUUCUAUGCUUCAUGGUGUGGACACUGCAAGAAUCUCGCACCUAUUUGGGAGAAAAUUGGUUCCACUUUUGCUAAUGAAGAAAACUGUAUCAUUGCAAAGAUCGAUGCUGAUGAAGAGAGAGACAUCGGUAGCGAAUUUGAUAUUUCUGGCUUCCCUACCAUCAAGUUCUUCCCUGCUGGUGAGAGUGAACCUAUCCCUUAUGAAGGUGGCCGCACUGAAGCUGCUUUUGUCGAAUUCCUCAACAAGCAUUGCGGUACUCAACGUAAAGUCGGUGGUGGUUUAGAAGCUGUUGCUGGUCGUAUCGGUAAAUUGGAUGAGCUUGCUAUUCGUUUCAUCAAAAAUGCUGGCGAACGCGAAAAGAUUCAUGCUGAAGCUGUUGAAGCCGCAAAGGAAAUUGGUACACGUUAUGGUACUUACUAUGCCAAGAUCAUGGAAAAGGUGUUGGCCAACGGUGAAAAGUUCCUUGAAACUGAAAGAGCUCGUCUUGCAAAGAUUGCUGGUUCUGAGGAUGUUUCUUCUGCCAAAUUGGAUGAUUUCGGUAUUCGUCAAAACAUUUUGGGUGCUUUUGAUAAGAAGGCUUCCCCUGUUAAGAAUUAA